ACAAUUGGUAUCAAACUGAAAUUGUAGCUAGUUGUAUUAUCAGCAACCCAAGGUUGGCCAGGGUCGUGAACCUCGCAGCGCCCAACUUGCCUUAGCAUGAGAUGGCAUCUCCCUCAGUCUCGUCGCGAACGACUAACGGUAUCCUAAUUCUAUGGGGAACCAUCGACCCUACUACAGUGGACUCGGAUGCAUUGAACGAUUGUGGACCAACGAGCACCUGCCUGAGCGUCGAUGGCCUGGAUAACUAUCUAGCCUUGUACGAGACUUCAAGCGUCCAAGAUCUCGCAUCUACCGAGUACCUGUAUGCGCUGAACCACCCGACGAAGAGGACAAUCCAGUUCAUGCCAUAUCUAGCGCAGAUGAGUCGCUUUGCAUGCGAGAGGAUCUGGUCGAAAUCCUCAUCGGUCUCGAAACCUGAUCAUGCGACCGAUACGAACGGAUGGCUGCUCAUGCUGGUUUUUGAGGUCGCUAACGCUACCGAUGAUCCAAUACGCCUUGUUGAGCACUGCCUUAGGCGCAAAGAACAUGGCGCGUUAGCAGAAACAACGCAUACUCAAAUUGCAAAAGUAAACACAAGUAUUACAAGAGCAGGAACCACGAGCAAGUCUUACGACGAUGUUCAAUUCGACGAUUCGAGCGGUGGCGAUGGCACAAAGCCGACUGACACUUUCAUCGCAUUAUUCGAGUUUGAGCGCAUUGCUGACAGCCCAGGAUCCGUCCAGUCCCCAAGCAGCGAAUGGCCUGCAUUCCUCACCACCAUAUCGACAACCGCCGGGCUACAUAUUCGAUACAUCAACACCUACACACUCCUAGCCUCGCUCGCCACAAACCAGAUCGCGUGCUGACAGCUUGACACGACGUCCGCCUACGCCAUGCUGGCCGCCUAAACUACGCGACACGCUUGCGGUAUCGCGCGCCCCAGUUCCAGGCACCCGGCCCAAUCGCGCACCACCUCCCAACAAGGGGCGCGAGAGUGGAGUAUGGGAAGAUGCCAAAUUUGGGAUUCUG